AUGUCGCGCGGAAACCAGCGUGAGAAGGCCCGUGAGGCUAAUCUCAAGAAGCAGGCCGCUCAGAAAAAGGGCAACAGCAUGAGCGGUUCUCAGAUGCAGAGCGCCAAGGAGAGUGCCGCGGAAAUUAUGCGCCAGAAACAGGCCGCCGGUAAGCCCAUGCCCUGA